CUCUCUCUUGCCUCACGCAUCUCUUGCUCACGCCUGUAAGCAACACAAGAAGACUGUUGAGGGAGGGAGGACGCAAAGAAAGAGAAAGAAACAAAAAGAAAAAGGAAAAAGAAGGGCCAGAAAAGAGAAAAGAAAAGAUGGAUGGAAAAAGGCUGCACCUGCACGAAGAUAGAGAGAGUGAGAGAGAGAGAGAGGCAGUGCUUACAUAGAAGUCCAGUGAGAGGUGGAUGAAGGCGGUGGGAGCACACAGCAGGCGAGGAGUGAGCAGAGAGAGGGAGACGGAGGGCCCCGCGGGCAUUUGUACUGCUUCACUUGCUCGCUCCUCACUUAAACGGGAACAAAAACCGAAGCAAAGCAGAAUCCUUUCUUCUUGCUGCUGCCUCUUCUCCACCUGGGAGUCCUCCUCCUCCUCCUCCUCUUCUUCCAAGGAAUCUCUGAUCUACUGGAGCAACUGGAGCAGUGAGCCAGCGGUUAACAAUGGCAGGAAAUGGCGGUGGAGAAGGCAGCAACGGGGUCGGAGGCGGCGGUGGGGAGGCGGCGCCGUCCAUCAGCGCCCUGGCGGCCACUGCCAUUGGCUCCGUGGAGCCGAGGCUAGGUCCUCAGGAGAGGCAGAGUAGAUGGGAAGGCUGCUUCGGUGGAAUGUUUUCCUGGUUUGGAUCUCAGAAAAGGAAGAAACGAAUUGUUCCAGCAUCCCGUACUCCAGAUGGGAAUGCAUCAACUACUCGUGCCAAUGGGCUUCAAGCUGCUGGAAUUUCUAAUGAAAAUACAACAGUGAACUUAUCAGUUCUUGCCCCUCCUUCAUCUCCGGCAUCUUUUAUAAACUCUGCACUUCCCUCGACAGCCCAAUCACCCAACUGUUUCUUGUCAAUAUCAGCCAAUUCUCCUGGAGGACCGUCAUCGGCCAUGUUUGCACCUGGACCGUAUGCUCAUGAAACUCAGCUGGUCUCACCUCCUGUUUUCUCUACUUUUACAACUGAGCCAUCAACUGCUCCACUAACCCCUCCACCCGAGCUUGCUCACCUUACAACUCCCUCGUCACCAGACGUGCCUUUUGCAAGGUUUCUGUCAUCAUCUCUGGAUAUUAGAAGUUCUGGGAAAGAGAAUGGACUGCCUUAUUCGCCAUCCAGCUAUGGGGUUGGUAGCGAUCUUCAGGUCACUUAUCCACUUUAUCCUGGAAGUCCUUCGAGCAGCCUUAUAUCACCUGCCUCAGGAACUCCAAGAACCGGGCUAUCUUCACCUUUUCCUGAACGGGAUAUUCCCAUGCAGUGGGAUGCUUCUGCAUCUGCACGUGACUCUCCCUGUUUUUGGAAUGGGUCAUCCAAGCUGUUUGGACUUGAUUCAGCUACAACCAGAAAUUUCAUAUUGUGUCCUGAUUCCAGUUUCUUUUAUCCUGCAACAUCUGCACAGUUUCAUUUGGACCAGGCACAGCAAUCAUUUCCCCAUGCUGGAGGGAGGCUUAGUAUUUCCAGGGAACCUGAUGGAUACUCCAUUGGCGGCAACAGACAUAACAAAACAUGCAAACAAGAUGUGGAAGAGAUUGAAGCCUAUAGAGCAUCAUUUGGAUUCAGUGCAGAUGAAAUCAUCACAACGCAGAACCACGUGGAGCUACCUGAUCCACUUGAUGAGUCCUUCACCAUGUCUCCAUUUGCAAAUAAUAAAACUGGAAAGGAGCAGUGCCCCAUUACUGAGUUAGAUGAUAAAGGUAAAAAGCUACCCAAUUUGCUGGAUCCUAUGGGCCCGAAGCAACCAACAUCUGAUUGCAAGUCUAACCAGAACAAUAUACAUGCAGCUCCAAAACACAACUGUCGGUCUGCUGAUCACCCUCCGUUACUUAAUGUUGGGGCAGAGAAGGUCGACUCGAGGACCUCAGACGACCAUGUUCGCAAGCGACCUCAUCCGGGCCAAUCAUUCUCAGAUGCAGAAAUUGAUUACCGAAGGGCGAGAAGUUUGAGAGAAGCUAAUACACUGCUGGCCUGGCGGAAUUAGCUGCAAUAACUCAACUACUGAAGUGGUCAUCUCUUCUAGUUAGGAAGAUGAUCAAAACUUCUAAGCUAUGAAAUGUUUGGGCUGGCAAGUGUUGAUGUAUAUUUUGCUACUGACUACUAGUUCCUGAAAGUGCAGGAAGAUGGUGAUGGAUGAAUUCUAUUUCUGAUUCCA